AUGGAUUUUCGUCUUCGAUCAAUCUUCUUUUUGUCCAUUAUCCUGAUUCUGAUUUUUUAUAUCGUUCAUGGCAAUGAUAUCCCCAGUCAAUUGUUAUGUUUGGAGAAGGCUUGUAACAGACCUUUUGCCCGGGCAGAACUUAUCAGCUCUUAUUUAAAGGGCGAAGUUAGUCUUGACAAAGGAACUAAAGUGGAUAUUGUGGGCCGAAGCGCAGUAACGGCUAAUUCUAUGAAAAAAAUUAUACACAAUGGUCGAUAUCAUUACAUUGAUCAAAGUUUUUUAAAGGAUCUUAUUGAGGACAAAGAGACUUUUCAAAAGUAUCCCGAACUUACAGUCUUUCCGAAUUUAGAUGCUAUAAUGAUUUCUAACUCUGAGAAAUAUCUGUCUGAAGAUAUUAAUACAGAUGAAUCCAUUAAAUUAUCUACUCCUAAGACUUUAAAGCAGGAUAUUCCCAGGCCUGAGUUAAAUUCCAUCUCCGCAGACCCUCUGAGUAUGGCGAGUUCACAUACAAAAGCUGUAUUUGCUUCUUCAGAUAGUGGAAACCGUUCUCCUAAACUCUCACCGGUCUCUCAGAGUGGUAAUAUAGAUCUAGCCUUAGAAUCCGAUUUUAAAGAUGCUUCUUCAAAAUCCAUCGAUUCAACUGUUUUUGGUAAUGACAAUAAUAGUCAUGUGGACGUGGUUAGCUUAACUCCCGAAAAGCUGUCUAACCGAAGCGUACACAGACAUAUCGAUCGUCUCGGCGACUUCUUGGAGGGCAACAAGGAUGUUUACUUAGGGAGUGUGAAUCAAGGUCAAUAUCACCGCGGAAUAAAUGAAUCAGAAAUGUCCAAAAUAUCCAAUGAUACGAUCAAAUUAGCACUAAAUUCAACUAAAAUUGUUCCGGAUAAUGAUUCGAGUAAUAAAAAUAGUGGUAAUGCAAUUUCUAAGGCUCCGCUACUCCAGCCCUUUGAAGAUACUUCUAAAUCACCCAAUGGUUCUUCGUCUGUCACUGAGUUCGAAACAUCAUUAAAGAGCCCAGCCUCCACUUAUUUAAAGCCCAAUACUCAACUUGCCGAUCCAAAUUCUUCAGGCUUGAAAAAGCAAGAAUUCCCCCAGCCCAGCAACUUAAAUAUCAAUAUGAGAGACCAUGGAUCAACAGUCAAAGAUAAAUCUGAAAAAAUCUCAGAGCAUGAUGAUUUAAAGUUGCUUAGUAUAAAAGAUUAUGAUCCUGCACAUGAUUUGCCUGAUAAGUCUUCUACAUCGAUUAAGCCUAAUCUCGAUACUGAGAUUUACGAGUCAUCCGAUCCUGCGACAACGGACGCAUUGUCUAGCAUAUAUGACAAAAUGAGUGCUAAGCUAUCCGAAGCCUCCUAUCCUUCAUACUUUUCUUCUGAAAGUCAAUCAGUUCCGCGUAAAAUAUUCACUUUAGCCACCACAAACCACGAUAUCAACCUUCCAUUAUCGCCCAUUCGUAUAGGUCUUUUUCAAUGUAUCAUAUGGGCUGCUAGUUCAGAUGGCAAGGACUAUUCAGUCGAUCCGCUAACACUUAGAGAGGCUUCAAAUACAAACGCUUCUUCUAUUAUAAUUAUCUGGUCGCCAGCUGCAAAGAUUAUUAUGAACACUAUAUUGUGGUUCGUAGCUGCAGCUAAACGACUUCUUGGCUUUCUUCCUGAUAAUUUAAUCAGUACAAUAGAUAAUUUACUCGUGCCACUUGUG